AUGGCACUAAGCACAGCUCGUCAAUCUUCGAGCAGUUUAAUGCAAUUUAGUGAAGAUGUCUUAAAACAGUUAACACCUGAAGAAAUUGAUGAAUUCCGUGAAGCAUUUACAAUGUUCGACAAAGAUGGUAAUGGUACCAUAUCUACCAAAGAAUUAGGUAUAGCAAUGCGGUCAUUGGGACAAAACCCUACUGAACAAGUAAUAAUGGCACAGUUUAAUUUUUAUAAAAUUUGA